AUGGAUGGGCUCCCCAAGCCAGGAGCUGAGGAUGGAGCCCAUGGGCGGCCGCCGUCCUCUAGCAACCCCGAGAGCGAGCAACAGUUUCCCAAGUAUUCCGACACUGCAGAGCCACAGCACCAACAGCAGCAAACCAACAAUAGCCAUAGCCCCCCGCUGGCAGAAAACAACAGCAGCAACAACAACAAUAGCGCACAUCCCGGUGGUGGUGGUAGAUAUGCCAUGUCGCAGGUGAACCGUGACGUUGCCCCAGGCGGCCUUCAACCGUCACCCAGAGAUCCUCGGUCUGCUAUUCUGGCUCGACGUUCACCCUCCGCCGCGUCUAUGUCCCCUCCAGUGUCCGUCUUAUCCCAAGAGCGCCAGAACGAACGUCUCCCGUCUGCUGAGCCGCGGUCUCUUCCUUCGUGCGAUAUCACCAAUGCGACUAUCGACGAUGCCUACGUCGAGUUCAUCAUGUACUGCAACCCAACCAUACCAAGCUCCACGAACACCUUGGAGCUGCGCCGAAUGUUUAGGUCACCGCCGCGCAGUGAAGGGAAGAAUUUCUGCACAUUCAUGCUUUGGGAGUUGAUACAGAAGCUUGACCGCAAGGAAUUAAAGACCUGGAUUCAACUUGCUAUAGAGCUUGGAGUAGAACCGCCCUCGGUGGAAAAGAAGCAAAGCACGCAAAAAGUCCAACAAUAUGCAGUGCGCUUAAAGCGAUGGAUGCGUGCAAUGCACAUAGAUGCAUUUUUUGAAUAUUGUUUAGGGCACCAACACCCGUACUAUACAAAGGUUCAUCCACUCACCGAACAAGAGGAGGAAUGCCGCGAUGGAGUGCCGAGAGAUGAAGACCUGGCUCUGCGCGCUCUUGUUCCCGAAUGGAAGCCCAAACGAGGCAGAAAAAGGGUCGAUGAAGUUGGUGUUGACCCCAAACAACAAAAGAGAACGCGCUUAUAUACACCCAACUCCGGGAUAGAGGGAGGCUAUCACACUGACGAGACACCCCAAAGUUCUAUGCCCUGGAGUGCAUACCCAGAUUCCGCUGAAAAUCAUUCUGGAGGCUGGCCAACAGGUCCACCAGCACACCUAGAUAACACAAAGAACCCACACCGUAUGUCAACUCCAGAAAGGCCUAUAGACAUCCAGCCUGCCGCAUCGAGAUGGAGCUUCCCCAUACAUAGAUCUCCACCGUUUCAAUAUCCACAGUCUGCCGUUACUCCCCGCCACCGUGAUCUUGAUGCACUAUUUUCAAACGAGCCACAGUCUGCUAUUACUCCCUCUUCGGCAGAUAGGGUAGGUGGGAAACGGCGAGGGCGCCCAACAGUCUCUUCGGCAUGGCUUGGAAACAGUCCAUCCGCCGGAAAGGCUCGAGGUCGACCUAUGCAUCCCGACGCACCCUCGUCUUCACUUUCAAUGGCUGUCACCAGUCACCCAGACAUUCGUCCCAAUGAUAUUAUUCCUACUGAACCUCCCAAUACCGCGCCUCCUACUAGCAAUGAGGCAGCAAUGGCAGCGCCUGUUGGUGCAGGUGCUGCCCAAUCUCUUAGGAACUAUGCGCCAUCAAGACCUACUAAAUUACAUCUUCAAGUACCAAAGUCAGCCGGCACGCCUAUUCGCCUUGCAACUCCGCCAUUAUUACUAGUUAAUGGUCAGAACGGCUCAGGCGGGAACCCUGAUGCAACACGGACUCAUUCCGGAGAGAUUCCUCCAAACACCACUGAAGUAUCAUCUCCAUUUAGCCUAACACUUGAGCAAGUUGAUGACGCUCUAUCUCGCGAAAUUCAAGGAGCCACACUAUUCGGAAGGACAACACCUCUCAAUGCGGCCGAAUCCCGAGCCAUUGCUCAUGCAACUAUUCAACAAAUUAGAUCACAAUGCCACCCAGAUGCUCCUCCUACCAUUGUCGCCAGUUACUGUGCAUUCUCACUUGGUCUCGGCCAUAGACUCGGCCUAGCCUGCAAAGCCCCAGAUCAAAUGAAGAUCAGAAUUGAGCCGGGCAUGUCUGACGAUAGAAUUCGUGUACACUGCCCACCAGACGGUCCUACUAAUAACGAUCCUAAUGGGUCAUUUUCCAUUAGUUAUACGCUUUCUUAUGACUUUUCUCCUACCCCUGGUGUUAAGUCUCAGGUGUCUAUACGUGGUAACGCUCCAUCACAAAUGGCGUUGGGUGAAGACAGCACAGCUCAAUAUGGUCACAGCCAUUGUAGACAUGGGGAGCAAUGUACCACUACCGGGGUCGAAGAAGGAUUGUCUGAUGAUGAAGGUAGUCUUGAAUUCGGCAUGACUGCGAGGGACUGGAAACAGCGAUACUUGCUCCUACGGCAACAGACCCGGAAGAAAGAUGCUGCACUUUUGAAGUAUAAGAAACAGAUCCUCGAAGCUGUCAUGACUGAUCCAUGA